AUGGUCCACCUACCGAGCGCCAAAUACCAUACUGAGCUGGCGGGUGCCAUGACGGAGACGAUUGGGGACGUGGUUGUCCCCGUGUUUGUGUUCUCAGCCGUGGAGCUCUCAGCGUUUGCCCUGCUGGCGGCGCUGAUAUACCGGAAGCUCGGGGUCAACGCGCUGUAUCACGUGGCGUUCGUUUUCGAAACUCAAAUGGAGCUAAUUCAGGGCAAACUGUUUGCUUGGGUGACGCUGACGAUGACAUUACGAGUCAUACACUUUGGUAGGCCCCGCCCUUAA